AGUGGCGAGUAUCUGCCGAAGCCAUCAUCCCAGGGUGGCGAAAUUAUCGACCCGUACGUGACAGCCGAAAUUUUCGGAAUACCUGCAGACUGUAUAAAGCAUCGGACCAGAGUUAUCGAUGACAACGGUUUCAAUCCGGUGUGGAAUGAAGUAUUCAAAUUCGAACUGCGAAGUCCGGAAACGGCGAUGCUGCGUCUGUGCGUCAAAGAUUAUGACACAACCUCCGCGAAUGACUUCAUUGGUGAAUUCUCGCUACCAGUGACUAGUAUUCGACCUGGUAUGUCGUCACUUUUCCCUAAUUUACAGUUACCUUCAUUUCUUACAAAGAAUUUUAAUUCUGUAGACUUGAUGGCCAAAUAA